CUGCGCGCUUCGUGUUUGUGGUUUUCGCCGCGUCCGCAGUCGCAGCUGCUUGUGCCCCCGCUCCGGUCAGUGGUGCCUCCGGACCAGCACCAUGUCGCUCUCUCGGUCGGAGGAGAUGCAUCGGCUCACGGAAAAUGUCUACAAGACCAUCAUGGAGCAGUUCAACCCCAGCCUGCGGAACUUCAUCGCCAUGGGCAAGAACUACGAGAAGGCGCUGGCAGGUGUGACGUAUGCUGCCAAAGGUUAUUUCGACGCCCUGGUGAAGAUGGGCGAGCUGGCUAGCGAGAGCCAGGGCUCCAAAGAACUCGGGGACGUUCUCUUCCAGAUGGCUGAAGUCCACAGGCAGAUUCAGAAUCAAUUGGAAGAAAUGCUGAAGUCUUUUCACAACGAGCUGCUAACACAGCUGGAGCAGAAGGUGGAGCUGGACUCCAGGUACCUGAGCGCUGCGCUGAAGAAAUACCAGACGGAGCAAAGGAGCAAAGGUGAUGCGCUGGACAAGUGCCAGGCUGAGCUGAAGAAACUCCGCAAGAAGAGCCAAGGGAGCAAAAACCCCCAGAAGUACUCGGACAAGGAGCUGCAGUACAUCGACGCCAUCGGCAGCAAGCAGGGGGAGCUGGAGAGCUACGUGUCCGACGGCUACAAGACUGCUCUCACUGAGGAGAGGAGGAGGUUCUGCUUCCUGGUGGAGAAGCAGUGUGCCGUGGCCAAGAACUCCGCCGCCUACCACUCCAAGGGCAAGGAGCUGCUGGCGCAGAAGUUGCCGCUGUGGCAGCAGGCCUGUGCCGACCCCAACAAGAUCCCAGACCGUGCCGUGCAGCUGAUGCAGCAGAUGGCCAGCAGCAAUGGGUCUAUACUCCCCAGCGGCCUGUCGGCCUCCAAGUCCAACCUGGUCAUCUCAGACCCCAUUCCGGGGGCCAAGCCCCUGCCGGUGCCCCCUGAGCUGGCCCCAUUUGUGGGGCGGCUGUCUGCCCAGGAGAACACGCCUGUCAUGAAUGGCGUCUCGGGCCCAGACAACGAGGACUACACCCCCUGGGCUGACCGCAAGGCCGCCCAGCCCAAGUCCACGUCUCCUCCGCAGUCUCAGAGCAAGCUGAGCGACUCCUACUCCAACACGCUUCCUGUGCGCAAGAGCGUGGCCCCCAAGAACAGCUACGCCACCACCGAGAACAAGACCCUGCCCCGCUCGAGCUCCAUGGCAGCCGGCCUGGAGCGCAACGGCCGCAUGCGGGUGAAGGCCAUCUUCUCCCACGCGGCUGGGGACAACAGCACCCUGCUGAGCUUCAAGGAGGGCGACUUCAUCACCCUGCUGGUGCCCGAGGCCCGCGACGGCUGGCAUUACGGCGAGAGCGAGAAGACCAAGAUGCGGGGCUGGUUUCCCUUCUCCUAUACCCGGGUCCUGGACGGCGACGGCAGUGACAGAUUGCACAUGAGCCUGCAGCAGGGCAAGAGCAGCAGCACGGGCAACCUCCUGGACAAGGAAGACCUGGCCCUCCCGCCCCCCGACUAUGGCACAUCCUCCCGGGCCUUCCCCGCCCAGACGGCCGGCACUUUCAAGCAGAGGCCCUACAGCGUGGCCGUGCCCGCCUUCUCCCAGGGUUUGGAUGAUUACGGGGCACGGGCCGUGAGCAGUGCCGAUGUGGAAGUGGCCAGAUUUUGAGCGAUCCCUGACUAGAGUUAUGUGAGUUCUGGAAAACUCUAGAGACAAGUGCUCCUGAAAUUGGGGGAUGGGAGAAAUGACUUUGACCCUGGCUCAACGGUGGGUGACCUGGGUCAGUCUCCUCCCCUGCAUCUGUCCCUCUUCUUCCGAGAUGCUUUGAGACACCUGCAUCUCCCACCCCUACCUAUGCUGCCCUCGUGGUCCCUCUGAGCUGGUGGAGCCCAGCUGAUCUCGCCCACUGGAGGUACUGGAAGGGGGUGAAGGCUCAGGGAGGCUCAUAUGGCCUCUGCCUAGAACCUCACCCCUGGAUGUAGGGCAGAGCCCCAGGGGCACGGCGGGCGGGGGUGCACUCAUCCCAGGGAGCACACAGCACGGCGGCCGCAGGGUCUGCCUGUCCUGAUGUUUGUACCAGGGGUGGGGGUGUCACAAGCCACCUCUGGUUGGUUGAGGGACGUUGCUCAGCUUUGCCAGAGCUCACAGCCCUGGGAGGAGGGCCGGGGAGGAGAACGACUCAAGUCCAAAAGGGCCGACGUUCUGAAGUUGUGGCAAGUUUUAAGAGGAAAAUGUGGAGAAAGUUGAAGUCUAUGCUGUGACUGCUCUUCGCUCCUUCUCUGCUCCGGAGUCACCACAGGACACAAGCCACGCUUCAUGCUGACUGGGCUGUUCUCAGAACCACCCCUUUUCUUAUUCAAGAAGUGGAUUCAGAAGAUAACCGAAGGCGAUUCCACCAAAUCCGCAGUGACAAAUGUUUCGUGAGCCUGGACCCGAAUGCUGCUCGGCUGCAGGGGGUCCCACCUCGUCAGGCUGUGGGGGUCUGCAGAGGACUGGGUGGUGGGGACAGCCAUUGCUGGCGGGGGGCCUGGCUCGUGCCUGCCUCCACCAUGCCCGGGACUUCUGGCCUGCCCCUCCGGAGGGUGCAAAUCCAUUCCGUAUAAAAGCUACCGGCUGUCCCUGUGUCCCUGCUCAGGAGGGGGGCAGAGCCCCGCCCCCAAUCCUCCACCUGAGUGCCUGGUGGCCCUGCCUGGGGAGGGUUCCUGGCGUCCUGACAGCACUGACCCUCGCAUACUCCAGCGUCUCCCAUUUGGGUCAAGAAGAGCUUGUUCUGUGUCUGGGUGGUCCGCUGUUGAUUGGCCUCGGCGUCCACCCCUGGGCAGUGACGGACAUCUGCAGGACAGCAGGAUCGGCAAUGCCUCAGGUCCAAAUCUUGUCAUGUUUUGUCUUCCCAGUGUUGACCCCAGUCCCUCACCUGGGGUCACUCAGGUGCCCUCCCCGGGGGGUAGCUCUUAAGCCUGUCCUUUCACAGAACAUUCCAGAAGGUGGUGGGCACCCAAGGGGGCCUCACGCUUUCUCUGAUGCUGAAGGGUGGGAGUGUCCCACCCAGGGGUCUCUGGCCGGGGCUGCAGGAGGGAGUCGCUCCAGAGGUCUGGAGUGAUUACAGCUGCCACCUGCUUCCUCAGAACCUGCAGUGUGGACAGCACAUGCAUCUUCCAUGGUCACAGUGUUUUGGGGGAGGAGAAGAGGACAGUGUGGGUUAGAGGCCAGACACCCUCUUCAGGGAGGUCUUCCUGGCUCAGGUGGCAGUGUGGGUUUGCCAGUGACCCUUUUUUUUUUUUUAAUUGAAGUAUAGUUGAUUUACAAUGUGUUAAUUUCUGCCAUAUAGCAAAUUGAUUCGGUUAUACCCAUAUAUACAUUCUUUUUUAUAUCCUUUUCCGUUACGGUUUAUCACAGGAUACUGAAUAUAAUUCCCUGUGCUAUACGGUAGGACCUUGUUGUUUAUCCAUUCUAUAUAUAAUAGUUUUCAUCUGCUAAUCCCAAACUCCCAAUCCACCCCUCCCCC